UGCGAGCACGAAGCAUCCCUCAACACCCUCCAGAUCGACAUCGAUGCCAUGCGGCACCUUGUCACGUGCCAAAUCUGCCAUCGCCUACUCUACGAGCCGUACGCUCUUUCGUGCGGCCACACCUACUGCUACAGCUGCUCUAGCCAGUGGUUCGGCAGCAACCGCAAGAAGACAUGUCCGGACUGUCGCGCCGUCAUCACGCAGCAGCCGACGCCAUCAUAUGUGAUCCGCGAGAUGGUGCUGAUUUUCGCCAGCCGCAAUCAGCUGCUACCGGACGGCGAGACUGCGGAAGAGCAUACGAAGCUGGCCAAAGAGGAGGCGGAGAUCGUGGCGAAAGAUAAGGCGAACACAGACGACAAGACGGGCGGGUUGUUCAAAGGCUGCUUCCUCCACCGCAGCGGGCGAAUACCAUUACCACCCAUCCACGAUUCCGAAGAUGGCGUUGACAGGUGUCCGAACUGUCAUUGGGAGGUUGAG